AUAUGUACUCAGCAAUGGCGAUGCCCGAUAUGAACGCGCAUAUUGGAUUCCUAAUGGUAAAAAUAUGGUACUUGCACGCAAGGGUUACUACUCUUACCCAAUGACAAACGACAAAUACCUAACCGUCUUCUACACAGCCGAUCAAAAUGGUUUCCGUCAGGAUUCAGCUACGUACAGCCGAUCUCAGCCGACGCUGCCACGCAACAUCGUAGUACCGGAAUAUGUCCCAUCAUCAUAUGUGCAUGUAGCGCCUGCGCCAGUAACGCAACGGCCUUCCAAUGCUCAUAUUUAUAUCUCGAGCACAACUAGAAGACCUCACCAACAUCCAACUG